AUGAAAAUAACCACUGCACUUGCUGGCCUCGUCGCCGUCGAAGGAGUUGUCGCCCUGAAUCUCCAACCCGAGCUACAAUCAGCUCUCCAAUCGGUACUAAAACAUAGCGAAACACAAUCGCGCAAACCAAACAUUCUGUUCGUCAUCACCGACGACCAAGACCUUCAACUCGACUCGAUAUCCUACACUCCCCUAAUCUCAAAACAUAUCCGCGACCAGGGCACCUUUUUCCGCAACCAUUUCGUCACAACAGCCCUAUGUUGUCCGUCGCGCGUGAGCUUAUGGACCGGCCGCCAGGCACACAACACAAAUGUAACCGAUGUCAGUCCGCCGUACGGCGGAUAUCCCAAAUUCGUCGAGCGCGGCUUCAACGAUGAUUUCCUCCCGCUUUGGCUGCAAGAGGCGGGAUAUGAUACUUAUUACACCGGCAAAAUGUUCAACGCACAUACCGUGGAGAAUUACCACAGCCCGUACAUCAAUGGAUUCAAUGGAUCUGAUUUCCUCCUUGAUCCUUACACUUAUUCCUACCUCAAUUCGACUUACCAGAGAAAUCAUGAACCACCUGUUAGCCAUGAGGGUGAACAUACCAUUGAUGUGAUCACGGGGAAAGCACUGGGUUUCCUCGAUGAUGCAUUGGCUGGCGAGAGACCGUUCUUCCUGGCUGUGUCACCUGUUGCCCCGCACUCGAAUGUCGAUCCGACAAAUAUUGCUUCAGGCAAGAUUUACAUGUCUGCGCCCAUCCCGCUCGAACGACACGAGCAUUUGUUCCACAACGUCACAGUACCUCGCACAGCGAACUUCAAUCCAGAUCAACCAAGUGGGGUCAGCUGGGUUCAUGAUCUGCCCCUGCAGAACCAAUCGGUUGUCGACUAUAACGAUCACUUUUAUCGUUCGCGUCUGCGCGCCUUGCAGGGUGUUGACGAAUUGGUUGACGGGCUUGUCACCCGACUAGAGGAGAGUGGUCAGCUGGAUAAUACGUAUAUUAUCUAUACCUCAGAUAAUGGUUUCCAUAUCGGCCAGCACAGACUCCCGCCCGGGAAGACUUGCGGGUUUGAGGAGGAUAUUCGCGUUCCCUUAUUCAUUCGUGGACCCGGUGUUGCUAAGGGAUAUGGCCAGGAUGCCGUGACUACGCAUGUGGACUUGGCGCCGACCUUUUUCCAUCUUGCGGGUAUUCCGGCUAGGGAUGAUUUCGAUGGUACUGCAAUUCCCGUGACUCCUAAAUUUGAUGGUCAGCGACAUGAGCAUGUUACAGUGGAGUACUGGGGUUCUGGGGUUUUGGAAGGUGUUUAUAGCAGUAUUGGCCCCGGAGGCUCAACCUUCAUCCCGAACAACACCUACAAAUCUGUCCGCUUACUUGGAGAGGGCUACAAUUUGUACUACUCGGUCUGGUGCAACAACGAACAUGAGCUGUACGAUCUGUCGACCGAUCCGUACCAGCUGAAUAAUCUGUACCAGACAAGCUCUCAAGCUGAUUCCAAUGAGCCUCAAAUUCUCGGUCGCAGCUUGACCCAGGCUAUCAAUCGACUCGACGCUCUUUUGAUGGUUCUCAAGUCUUGCCAGGGUGCGACUUGCAUUCGGCCUUGGGAUGUCCUCCAACCAGUAGACUCCGUUAGUACGCUCCAGGAUGCUCUAAAGGAGGAUUAUGAUGGUUUCUAUGGUGCACAGCCUCAAGUCUCAUUUGACUGGUGUGAUGCAGGAUACAUUGUUGAAGCCGAGGGUCCACAGGUGCCGUUGACUAGUCGACACGGCGUGUCUUGGGAUGUGUGGGUGUAA